CAAGAUAUAUGAGUCCACUAGUUGCUUUUGAAUCAUUCUAACUGCGCCGCAAUAAACAAUCAACAUUUAUUUUAUCUACUGCGUUGCUAUUAUCAAGAAACAUUAAAAGUUUUAGUAACUAAGAAGGACAAUAAAAUAAUGGCAAGUCUUCCGCUUACUUAUGUCGAGGGUUUCCACGAUCUGGAAGCUAUAAAAUCUAUGAAAUAUUCGCCGUUAGGAAAAACUGGUCUGAUGGUUAGCAAAUUGGGUUUUGGCGGAGCAACGCUUUGUAAUCUCUUUGGAACUUGUAAUGAAGACGAAGCUAUUGAAACAAUCCGACAAGCAAUUCGUCAAGGAAUUAAUUAUAUUGAUACGGCCUACUGGUACGGUCAAGGGCGCUCGGAAACAAUUAUUGGAAAGGCUUUAAAAGGAAUUCCACGAAAAGCUUAUUACAUCGCUACAAAAAUAGGCAGAUAUGAGCCCGACUUUCAAAAUAUGUUUGAUUUUACGGCCGAAAAAACACGAAAAUUCUUCAAUAUAGGACUCGAACGUCUUCAACUUGAUUACGUUGAUGUAAUACAAAUUCAUGACGCGGAUUAUGCACCUUCAGUGGACAUAAUAAUAAACGAAACUCUUCCUGAAUUAUCGCGACAAGUAGCUUUAGGAAAAGCCCGACAUAUUGGAAUAACGGGAUAUACUUUGUCUUUUUUGAAAGAGUGUGUUAUGAAAAGUAAUGUUAAUAUCGGUUGCAUACUAAAUUAUGCGAGACACACUCUUAUCGACCAAACAUUACUGGAAUAUAUUCCAUUUUUUAAGGAACAUAAUGUCGGAGUAAUUAAUGGUGCUACAAUAGCCAUGAGAUUACUGACUAACGCCGACCCACCAGAAUGGAAUCCAGCAGAUGAUCAAAUUAAAAAAACAUGCCGCGAAGCUGCUGAAUAUUGUAGAAAAAGCGGCUCAGAUCUCGCGCGAUUAGCCAUUUGGUUUUCAAUGCAGUGUGAUGGUGUUGCUACUAAUCUUAUCGGAAUACAAAACAUGGAACAAUUGAAAGCUAAUAUUGACAUUGCUAAUAAUGGUAUCAGUGAUAAAGAACUACAAUUACUAGAAAAUCUACAGAAAAACUUUUUUUCGAAGAUCAAAGGAUCACACUGGGAAGGAAAAGAAAUCAAAGCUUACUGGGCAGCUUUGGAUAAAUUAAAAAAAUAAAAAUCUAUUAUCUUAUAUUUUGUUACCGAAUUUAUCUUUCAACCCUCGAAGUACACUGGGGGUCAUUUUGAUCCCACAAUUUUUUUUAUCCUAAAAUAUUUCUCGAAAAUAGGGUCGUUUUUAAUUAAUUUUUUCAACAUUAAAAACUAUUUAAUUCAGAAUAAUAAUGAUUGUAUUCAAAAGAGCAUUGUUUUACCUACCAAAAAUGUAAUAAACUAAAUUCCGAUAAAAUGCAUUGUUUCUGAGAUAUAAUUCUUCGAAAGUCAAGUAGGGUCAAUUUGUGUACUUCGAGGAUUAAAUAAAGUUCCAAAGAAUUUAUUAUUGAAAUAAAUCAUUUUUAAUUAAA